CCAUCCGAUGUCAUAUGUCAGUGAGUCUGGGGGCCCGAUCGUGUGCCACGGACACCAAGACAGUUCCUAGUCAGGCUUUUAGGGACUACCCGGAAGUCCUUCUUAUAAAGCGAAACCCUAAACUCAACGUACCUCAGUCACCCUAACUAUUCUCAUCUCAACAAAGAAAAGAAAAAGAAAAACAUGAAUAUAAAAGAUCACAAGAGGACUUACCACCCUCUGUAUGAUCCAAUAAAGACAAAAAAAAAGAAGAAAAAAAUAAAAACUGAUACCCACAUUUUUUUAUUGUCUUGAUUUGAAUUGAAUUAUAUAAUUUUGUAUCGUUGCAGCCAAUCUAAAAUAUAAAAAAAAAGAUUAGAAUUUGAUUCAAUAAAUUGAAUGAUUUUUACAUGGAAAAUCAUUCAUAUUUAUACGUUAAAAAGUCGAUAAUUUUCUUUUUUUUUUCUCGUCAGAGAGUGAUGAUAGUAAUUAAGCUAUUAUCAACAUACAUGCAUACAUUGAGAUAAAGUCAAUCACAGUAUCUCAAUGUAUGUGUAUGGAUAAUGCUUAAUUGACGUACACACUCAUUAUGUCAUAUUAUCAUUGAUCAUCAAUGACAACAUGAAGCAUAACUUACGGACGAGAGAAGAAAAGAAAAAAAACGUUAUUGUCUAGGCCUGUUUUUCAUUCUUGUCUGUGUCAUGUUCGUUUGUGAGCACACGAAGCAGACAAACACACAAUAUUCAAGUAUGUGGUCAUCAUGGAAUUCUUUUCUCUUUGUUCGAUAGAUCAGCAGCAACAUGGAAAAAUUUUUAUCAUAUAUUCGCAAUUUUUAUUAUGUAAAAUAUGAAUUUAUUGUAAUUAUUGCAACUUGUCAACCUGAAGGGCGUCAUUUGUCUGAUUUGAAUGCUAUAUGGGUUGCUCGAAAUCAAUUUAUUUUUCUUGAUAAAAAAAUUAUAUUGUAAGUUUAAAUUUGUUUCUUUUUUUAAAUUUUUUUUCUUUAAUUUUUUAGGUUGGUACACGUCUUUUAUUAAUUCGUGAAAAUUAUGAUAUUAUUUUAUAUGAUGCUCAACAAAAGCGCUCAUUAACAAAAGUUCGACCAAAAUUAGAUGGUAAAGAUUGUUGGGAAAAAUUAACUUUUAUUUAUUUACAAGAUCAGAUUCCAAUGCUAUUAGGAGAUGUUGAAGAAUGCAUUAAACUUCUUAGACAAUGA